AUGCCUAAUGCUGAAAUAAUCAAGCAGAUCCUCUCAGUAGUUCCUCUUGCAGUACUUCUAUUGUCAUUGGGAGCUGCUGGUACUUCUCUUGGUCUCCUUCAGGCUAACAUCAAUAAUGGGAUGCGGUCAAGAUGUAAUUUUUUCAUUUCUUAUACUCAAGCAAUGGACUCAAGUCUGGUAAAUUAUAAUGAACCCACUUGUAAGUUGAGUAUAGCAAGUGCUACCAUUGCUACAAUAUGUCUGGCUCUGCUAACUGCCAUUGAGCUAAUCAGAGUUUCAUUUCAUAUAAAUGUCAAAACGUCGAUUGCUAAGAUUAUUCAAGUUGGAAUCUAUGUUGGUUCAAUUUUGUUCCUAUUCAUUACCACUAUAGUGGUUUCAGCUGGUUGGGGAAAAACCUGUGCUACAUACAACAACCUAUCAAGAACAGGCAUUACUCCUAACUCAUAUUUUAAAAUUAAUUGCAAUGGACCACAACAUAGCUAUGGUUAUGGACCUUAUCCACCAAAUGGUGCAGAUUUUAUAGCAGCUGCUGUAUUUGCAUGUGUUAGUGCUGUAUUAGCUGCUGGUGCUCUUUGUUACUGCAUUGUGAAGCAGAUGAGGUCAAAAGAUCAUGAUAAUGAAUUAACUCCAACCAACUGAACACUAAUGUACCAAUGACUAUGAUGAUGAAUUGAUUGCUGAUUCUUUUUGAUUUUAAAUU